AAGAUGUCUUACUUGUCACCAGAGCCCUCUCAACAAAGCGAACUUGUUCCUGUGGAUCCCUGUGUACAGCGGUCAUAGAAGCCAAGAUGACCUCCCGAAUGUGCCAUGAAGACCAAGAAUGUCUGUGUUCACUGAAAACUACAGUGGAGGAACAUAGUUCUGCCCUCAAGGAGCUCAGAGCCACUGUGGAGGAACUGAAGAAAGAGAACCAAGCCAGACCAAAGGUGGCUUUCUCAGCUGCGCUGUCAGAAUCCAAAGGACCAUUUGACACUGAUAUCAUCCUGGUCUACAAGCAUGUCAUCACCAACAUUGGCAACGCUUAUAGUCCAUCAACUGGCAUUUUUAAGGCUCCGGUGAGCGGAACCUACUACUUCAGAUUCACUGCCUUUUCAUACACCAACAACCAUAGAAGAGUGUCCCUGUACAAAGGUGGUCAACUCGUGGUGACUGUGACUGACGUCCAGUCAGGCCAAGAUGGAGAAGACAGUGGAUCCAAUGGAGCAACGCUGCAGUUGGAGAAAGGAGAAGAGGUCUACACACAGCUGAAGGCCCAACAUCAUGUCUAUGAUGAUUACGCUCACCACACCACCUUUACUGGCUUCCUGAUCUUCCUUUAGACAAUCUUGAUUUUGACAACUAGCCUUGGUUUUACGUGAAUUGAUGUUAACAGAUCGAAUUACUUAAUACACAUCAAGACAUUAGCAUAUAAGAACAAAUUCGUAACUGGUCUGAUAUCUAUGCUUUGAUAACUAUGUCAAAAUCCUUUACUAACGUUUGUAUUUUGUAAAACAGUAACUGUGUCAUUUCAGCCAAUGCUUUAGAAAUGAUUCUGGAGGAGAAUAAUUCUUGUUUGGUCUCAUGUGACAUAAUAAUUGUAAAAGUCAUGAAGAUGUUUAACUGAUUGUUUAACUUGAUGUGUGGAAUAAUAACAAAGAAUUGUUGAAAUAAUAGAAAUCUCACAAUCACACAAA